AUGUUCUCAACAAACAUAGACGAAAAAAUAACCGCCGAAGAACUACAAAAGCUAUCUGCAGUGUGUCUGGAGCGUAUCCGAAUGGGUGAAUUGCAUAGCCUAAGGAAUGAUGCCAAGUUAAGGGCGGUCAAUAAUACCAAAAGCUAUGAGGAAUUUAAGGACAUUGUGGAUGCUGCGCAUUUGAAACCCAUCACCAAACAGGACAAAAUGAAUGCUAAAACAAAAAAUCGUUUGUGGAAUAAGGCGGCAGCUGAGGUGGAUGAUUAGAAAAUAAAUA